UAUCAUCUUGCUGGCAGUAGAACAUUUUCAGUAGAGUGAGUGGAAAGGUGCAGAGGGAUCGAGAUCAAGGCAAGAUAAUCAAAAUGGAGUGGAAACCUAUGGAAAUUAACCCUGAGAUGCUGAACAAAGUGCUGUCCAAGCUGGGUGUUUCUGGAAGCUGGCGUUUUGUCGACGUUUUGGGCUUUGAAGACGAAUCUCUCUCUUCUGUGCCAACUCCAUCCUGCGCUGUCAUGCUGCUGUUUCCUCUCACUCCACAGCAUGAUGCCUUCAGAGUCAAGCAGGCUGAAGAGUUGACAGGAAAACAAGAGGAGAGCAAGAAGGUUUACUUUGUGAAGCAGACGAUUGUAAAUUCCUGUGGUACGAUUGGCCUUCUCCAUGCUGCUGCUAACAACAUGAGCAAGCUGGAAUUUGAGAGUGGCUCUGCACUGAAGAAGUUCCUUGACGAUACAGCUGCUCUGUCUGCAGAUGAGAGAGCAAAGCAUCUUGAGGAGAACCAGGACAUACGUGCUACCCAUGACGAAGUUGCAGCAGAAGGACAGUGUCGGGUAGAGGAAGAUAAUGUGAACUUCCACUUUAUUACAUUCACCAAUGUUGAUGGACAGCUCUAUGAAUUGGAUGGCAGAAUGGAAUUCCCUGUGAAGCAUGGAGCUACAAAAGAUGAGUCCUUUAUAAUGGAUGCUGCAAAAAUCUGCAGACAGUUCAUGGAACGUGAGAAAGGAGAAGUUCGCUUUUCUGCCGUGGCCUUGUGCAAAGCUUAAGAGCAACAUGGGAUGGGGGGGUGACUACUUUCACCGAAAUCUGUAGCCCAUCGAUCCAAGCUUACAGGCGCUUUCUGUGUAGUGUGGUUUCCUGCAAAGCUGGGGGUUGUUGCACUCUGUAUUGGGAGUACUUGCAAAAUCUGACUUUUUCCUGACCAGUUUAAUUUCUACUUGGAGUUAAACUUUUUUUUUUUGGGAAGGCUGUGAUGUUUUAAAACAAGGACCAAGGGCUUUUCUGCAAAAAUUGGGCUGUUUAUUGUGUUUUUUUUUAAAUAAGCAUUCCCAUUUUGAUGUGUAGUUGAAGAUGACAGGGUGGUUACAGCUGCUUUGGAGGGUGUUUGGUGUAACUCUGUUGCAUGUCAUGGUAUCCAGCACUUUGUUCAUGUUUUCUGCAGUGCACUGGCACAUGAGGUUUCUUUGGAUAACUUAAGAACUUGUAUACUUUGUUUAGCGCUAAGCUGUUUGGAAAAUAAAUGACUUAGUGUACCUUA